CAGCACAGAGGUGUGUACUCCCAGUGGUGCUCGGAUACGGAUGUUUGCUAAGGGAGAACUGUCCAUCUGGUGUGCCACCAACACUUGGAUGGGACAGUUGCAUAAAGCACUUCAGAACAAGACCAGUGUCCAUCCUCCGAGAGAGCCCUGAGGCUGCUCCUGUUCAGAAGAAAGCCAGACUCCAGCAGCAACAUGUCUCAGCUGGAAACUGCGAUGGGAAUGACCAUUGCUGUCUUUGACCAGUAUGCAAAGACUGACGGCAACAGGCAAACCCUCACCAAAGCAGAACUGAAGACCCUUCUGGAAAAGGAGCUCCCAAACUUCCUCUCGUCGGGGAAGGACAAGGACGCCAUUGAUAAAGUCUUCAAGAACCUGGAUGAAAACGGUGAUUCCCAAGUGGACUUCAAAGAAUUUGUCAUCUUUGUGGCAGCUCUGACUUGUUGCUGUCACAAAUAUUUUGAGCAGAAAGCAGCCAAAUAAUUGUCAAACUGCUCACAAGAAGCUGUCUUCGCCUGUACUCCAUAUGCUAGUGGUAUGGAUGCCUUCACUUCUUCCAUGUACUGCCAGGCAGUUUACAAGCAUAUCGGGCUGUGAAAAUAAAUCCUACUGUGCCUA